AUGGACAUGCUUUCAACAAUUUUCCUUCUCUUAUACGCUGUAAGGGAAUGGCCCACAAAUGCACUACCAUCAGAAAUCAGCCCAACGGUGGCCUAUUUGUUGGAAAGAGGAUGUGCCAAUGACACCGAAAUCAUUGACCACUUAUUGUUUGACAACGCCGCUUACUACAAUAAGCAUAGGCUGCCUUCGCCGCAAGUUGACGUUCGAAUUGAAAUGUGGGUGCAGGAAGUUACAUCAGUCUCCGAGCUCACACAGGAUUUCGAAAUUGAUUUAUAUAUGAACGAGUAUUGGACAGACCCUGGAUUAGCCUAUGACAUUCUCAACCCAUGCCAAGGAAAUCUAUCUUUUGAUUGGGCAGUUAUGCAAAAUAUCUGGACGCCCAAUACAUGUUUCAUAAAUUCGAAAAAGGCUCAACUUCAUAGUUCGCCCUUUACGAAUGUAUUCUUAAUGGUUUUUCCAAAUGGUUCGGUAUGGUCGAAUUGGCGCAUAAAAAGUACGGGCCCUUGUUUGAUGGAUUUAACAAAAUUUCCGAUGGACAACAUUGAGUGCACGCUGACAUUUGAGUCAUUCAACUACAACAAAGACGAAGUUUUCAUGACGUGGGGAGAUCCUCCAAUCACGAUUUUCAAAGCUAUUGAGCUUCCUGAUUUCACUAUGACGAAUUUUUCCACUUCAAAGAAGUUUCAAUUGUAUGCAGCUGGCUAUUGGAGUGAACUCACUGUCAAUUUUUUGUUUCGUCGUCGCUCUGGUUGGUAUUUAUUACAAGGUUAUAUUCCAACGUAUAUGACUGUUUUCAUUUCAUGGAUUCCAUUUUAUCUCGGCCCGAAAGCAAUUCCUGCUAGGACAAUGAUAGGAGUAAAUGCUCUUCUUGCACUGACUUUUCAAUUCGGUAAUAUUAUUCGAAAUCUUCCUCGAGUUUCCUAUGUGAAAGCAAUUGAUGUUUGGAUGCUUAGCGGUAUUUGUUUUGUGUUUGCAUCGCUCGUUGAACUUGCUACUAUUGGAUUCCUUAUGCGGAAUGAGGGAAAACCUCCUGCUGGCAACAAUAAUAGUAGACAAUUUAAAAAGUGCGUUUUUGAGAGCUUCUCGUAA